AUGAGUAAGGUGCAGUUCCUUCCCCAGGUGAGCUACACCCUGGUGAGGGCGACACUCGCCAAGGGCUCCCCAGGGGCCAGACCCCUUUUCCUGCAAAUCCAGAGCCCACUUGGAAACCCAAGAAGAAGCUGGGUUUUUGCAGUCCACAACGGCCUGAAGGAGCCUAAGAAAGUUCUGCCUCCAGCCCCCGACACAGAUCUCCUCCUCCUCGAUUCUCCACCUCCAUACCCUCCUACCGCUUUCCCCCAACCUGCCGCUCCCCCGGUCCCUAUUCCUUCCCCCCCUCUCUCUCCUGUUCCUCCUGUCCCUCCUGUUCCCGUUAUUCCCCCACCUCCUCCGACCCCUCAGGCCAGUAGAGGGCAGAACGUCGGCCCCGCCGGAGGGACUAGGAGCCGCCGGGCCCCCUCACCAGGGGCCGCUGUGACGCUUCCCCUUCGAGCCCUCGGCGCCCCCUCUGAGGAUGGCCAGCAACUCCUACAGUAUUGGCCUUUCUCUUCCUCAGACCUCUACAACUGGAAGACCCAAAAUCCCCCUUUUUCAGAAAAUCCCAGAGGGCUGACCAAUCUGAUUGAAUCUUUGCUUUUCACCCAUCAGCCCACUUGGGAUGACUGCAACCAGUUAUUACAGGUCCUGUUUACAACAGAAGAAAAAGACCGGAUCCUCCUAGAAGCCCGGAAAAAUGUGCCGGGAGUCGAUGGGCGACCCACUCAGAACCCAGCUAUUAUAGAAGAGGGGUUCCCUCUGACUAGACCUGAUUGGGACUUCAACACCCCGGAAGGUAAGGAGCACCUGAAAGUCUUUCGCCAGGCUCUGAUGGCAGGUCUCCGGGGAGCGGCGAGGCGCCCCACUAAUUUGGCUAAGGUAAGGGGAGUCCUUCAAGGACCCGAUGAAUCCCCCUCAGCAUUUUUAGAGAGGCUCAUGGAGGCUUUUCGGCAGUACACUCCGUAUGAUCCAGUCAGUGAAGAACAUAAAGCCACAGUUACUGUGGCUUUUAUAGAUCAGUCUAGUAAAGACAUCAGGAAGAAAUUGCAAAAGCUAGAAGGACUGCAGGACAAAACCCUGCGAGACUUAGUACAGGUGGCAGAGAAAGUGUAUCAUAAUAGAGAGACAGAAGAAGAGAAAGAGGGUAGAAAGCUGCGGGAGACUGAAGAAAGAGAGCUGAGGAAAGAAAAACGGCAAGAACGCAACCUCCAUAAAAUCCUCACCACUGUUGUGAGAGAAACCAGAGAACCUAAGCCAGGGCCAGGCGGCAGGAGGCAACAGCUGGAUAAAGAUCAGUGUGCGUACUGUAAAGAAAAGGGGCAUUGGGCCAGAGAAUGCCCAAACAGGAAAAAGAAACUUCCGCAGUGGGAGAAACCCAUUGCCCACCCCAAAAUUCUAACCACGCACGGAGACAGUGACUAG